GUUCACACUCGAUUACUCGCAAGUAAACAAAUAAAAUUGCCGCAAAUGCCUGGAAAAUGUCGACGCUUAAGCCAAAAUUCCUAAAACCCGAAACUGACGAUGCCAUCACCGACUCCGCUGGACACGAGGAAGCCGCGGCAACCUCAUUCGUCUUUAAUACGAAUCACAAUUUGGGUCUGCAGGAGCAGCGCGAGCGCUUGCCAAUACGCAAAUAUCGCGAUCAAAUCCUGUACUGCCUGGAACAUCACCAGGUGCUCAUCUUGGUGGGUGAAACUGGCAGUGGGAAGAGCACACAAGUUCCACAAUAUCUCUAUGAAUGGGGUUGGCACACAAAGGGCUUGAUUGGGAUUACGGAACCACGUCGUGUGGCAACUUUGACGCUGGCAAAUCGUGUGGCAGAGGAAAGAGGAGAAUUGAUUGGCGCCACAGUUGGUUAUGUGGUACGUUUUAUGGAGCGCUUCACAGCGGAAACACACAUCAAAUUCAUGACGGAGGGCAUAUUGCUGAGAGAACUUUUAGCAGAUCCACUGCUGACCCAAUACGGCGUCAUCAUUGUGGAUGAGGCGCAUGAACGGAAUAUGCUCACCGAUCUCCUGCUGGGUCUGCUUAAGAAAAUACUACGCAAGCGAAGCAACCUCAAAUUGAUAAUCUCCUCGGCCACCAUUGAUGCCAGCUUCUUUGCCGAGUUCUUUAGCUGGCCGGGAGCGGAUCAGCCCAUUAGCAUCAAGCUCACCAUCGAGGGACGCAUGCAUGAGGUGAACCACUACUACGUCAACGAACCCUGUGCGGAUUAUGUGCGUGAAACGGUGGAGACCGCUUGGAAACUGCAUCAGCGGGAGCCACCCGGCGACAUACUCGCCUUCCUCACCGGUCAGGAUGAGGUGCUGGAGGCGCGUGACUUACUCCAGGAAUACAUAGCAAGCACAGAGACUGCCAAUCUCAAAGUGCUGCCCAUGUAUGGCAGCAUGUCAAGCACUGAUCAACUCUCUGUCUUCUUUACAGCGCCAAAAGGCAUGCGCAAAGUUGUUUUGGCCACAAAUAUAGCGGAGACAUCGUUGACCAUACCGGGCAUAGUCUAUGUCAUCGAUUCCGGCUAUGUCAAGUUGAAAUGCUUUAAUCCCAGCACCUGCAGCGAUAGUCUCGUUAUUGUCCCGGUCAGCAAGGCGUCAGCUAUACAGCGUGCCGGGCGAGCAGGUCGCCUGCGUCCAGGGAAGAUCUUUCAUCUGUACACCAGGCAGGACUACGAUGCACUUGCUCCACGCCAGCCGCCCGAGCUACGUCGCAGCGAACUGAGCGCCGCUGUCCUCCAACUGAAAGCACUUGGGAUUAAGAAUAUUUUACGCUUUGACUUCCCUUCACCGCCGCCGGCAAAGAAUCUGUUGGCGGCGCUGGAGUUGCUCUAUGCUUUGAACGCCUUGGAUGUGGAUGGUGAGCUGACGCAGCCAGUGGGCUAUCUGCUUGCCGAGCUGCCCUUCAGCGCUAUGCUCUCCAAGAUGUUGUUUGUCUCCGGGCAGCUGGGCUGCGCGGAAGAGAUCAUCACCAUAAUUGCCAUGCUGCAGGUACAAUCUGUGUUUUCUCGCCCAGCUUCGGCGGCGGCACAGCAAAUGGGACGCAUUGCUCAUCGGCAUUUCGAGGUGGCCGAGGGGGAUCUGGUGACGCUGCUCAAUGUGCACAGCGCCUUCGUGGAGGCGGGCAUGACAAAGGAGUUCUGUGGACAAUAUUAUCUCAUCUAUCGCAAUCUAAAGCGUGCCUGCGAGUUGCGGGAGCAACUGCUGAAUCUUAUCCGCAGGAAGUAUGGUAUUGCCAUCUUCUCUUGCAAAGGGGAUGUGGAGCUGCUCUGCAAGUGCAUCACGGCGGGCUUCUUCACACAGGUGGCCUAUUUGCAUCACUCGGGAGUCUAUCGACAGAUUAGCAGUGGCGUUGAACUCGCCAUCCAUCCAAAUUCCACACUUUAUACACUGCCAGCGGCGAAGUAUAUCGUCUACGGGGAACUGCUGCAGACGACGAAACUGUUCAUGAACCAGGUGACGGUGAUCAGGCAGGAGUGGCUCACGGAACUGGCGCCACACUACUAUCAGCAGACAACUGUGAGGGAUUAGUAAGUAAACAAGAAGAUAAGGAAGGAGAGGGAUAUCCCGAUAAGUUAUUUUGUUCCUGCUCGGAAAAGAUUAGAAAAAAAGGAAGGGGAAACAUCUAAAGACUUCUUUUA